GCUAGUUUUCUCCUGCUUGUUAUUUCCUUGCUCUUUCUUCUCUCUUUCGUGGAACUUGAGACCAAGCAAAAUCAUAUAAAUAUCUGAUCCAUAGUAAAGUAGAAGCACAAGCAAAAGAGUGAGAUCCUUAUGGGGAACUGUUUUGGAACUCAGGUUAAUCAUCACCAUAGCCCAGGCUCCAGUACCAAAACUACAACGCCAGAAACAUCAAGAAACAAUAUGUGUCAAACAGAAGCAAAAGCAAACAAACAGCUUACAAAAAAAAACAAUAGCAAACAAACAGAAGGGCCGCUGAGAAGCAAAAGCAAUGCUGACCAAAAGGGCAGCGUUGAGGAAAGGCCUCAGCCUCAGGCCGGGAAGGUGAUAACACCAAACUUGAAGCUAUUCAAACUGGCGGAGCUGAAGAGCGCAACACGAAAUUUCAGGCCCGAUACGGUGCUCGGCGAGGGAGGGUUUGGAAGGGUUUUCAAGGGUUGGGUGGACGAGACAACAUAUGCACCGUCGAAGGUCGGCGCCGGAGUAGCCGUUGCUGUGAAGAAAUCGAACCCGGAUAGCCCACAAGGGUUGGAAGAAUGGCUGGCAGAAGUGAAAUUCUUGGGGAAGUUCUCUCAUCCCAACUUGGUUAAGCUUCUAGGCUACUGUUGGGAAGAUAAAGAAUACCUUCUUGUAUACGAAUACAUGCAGAAGGGAAGCUUGGAGAACCACCUUUUUAGAAAAGGAUCUCCGGAACCACUUCCAUGGAAUACAAGGCUUAAAAUAGCAAUAGGAGCGGCUCGAGGCCUCUCUUUCUUACACACAUCAGAAAAGUCUGUGAUCUACCGUGAUUUCAAGCCGGCCAAUAUAUUGUUGGAUGGGAAUUACAAUGCAAAGCUUUCAGAUUUUGGACUCGCAAAGUUGGGCCCCAUAAAUGGAAACUCGCACGUGACAACUCGUGUAAUGGGCACUUACGGGUAUGCAGCUCCCGAAUAUGUUGAAACAGGUCAUUUGUACGUAAAAAGUGAUGUCUAUGGUUUCGGGGUCGUCUUGCUGGAAAUGAUAACGGGCUUACGGGCCCACGACCCCAAUAGGACCAGUGACAGUCAGAACCUGGUCCUAUAUGCCAAGCCAUCUCUGUCUAACAAAAAGAAACUGAAGAAAAUAAUGGACUCGAGACUUGGUGAACUAUACCCACUAGAAGGCGCAUGCCAAGCAGCUCAGCUAAUACUAAGAUGUCUGGAAUCCGACCCAAAAAAUCGUCCAUCAAUGGAAAAUGUUUUGGAGGAAUUAGAAAACAUCAAUGCCAUCGCGAUGACAACAAAGGAGACAAAAGCCAGUGCAAAGCAGGGCUCCAAUGUACGCCAAGAGGAGCAGACCAAGCAUCAGCAUCGGUAUAACCAUCGCCGGCCUCCAACUCCCCAGAAGAAUGGUUUUUCCGGCGCCGGAGCUAGAGCUUAUCAUCACUAGUUCCGGCUAGAUCUUAAUAAAUAAUUGUAGUUAUGUUUUUUGUCUUGGUAUGCAUGCAGCUUCAUAUUUGUAAGGCUUGUAACAUGUCCAACCUGUGUUUAAGAGAGGCUUGGUCUCAUGACAAAGGCACCGGUUUUUUUGUGUAGAAAAAUAAACUACAAGAUAAAGGAAAUAUUUAAUUAUAAAUUACUCUGUCCAUUUUUUUU